AUGCUGCCCCAGCUACCGUUCCACGGCGAAACUCCCACAACAGAGCCCCAAGAAGACCCUGGCGCUCUCACGGAGCGCCGCAAUUAUCCUCCAUCCUUGUCGUCAGAAGGCACAGCUGCUACCUUUUCACUGGAUGAGCUCAGUGCUCGGUGCUCGACCGACCUCUCCGAACUCAACUCGCAGGGGUCAUCGUUCCUCCAUCAUGUCUUCAUCGGUGCUCCUCGAGCCCGAUCUUCGGGCACUGCGCCGCUGGCUGCGCAACGUUCAGAUUCCCAAAGCGAUGACUCACCAGCCCCUGAAAGACCGACAACCACUGUGGUGAUCCCAAAGGCCCCUCAUUUCAAUAUCAGAUCAUCUGCAUUUCGUUCAGCGAAAAGCCACUUCGUCGAAGUUUACUUGGCUGGACCAGCCAGUUCUACAGUAGCCUUUUAUCGACGUCUCCUGGAGAUAUGUGACCUCAGCAUACUCGAUUUCAUAGAGUCGCUGCAUGCCUACUUUGAUUUUCCGGCAAUCUAUCGUCCCUUCAUUCCAGAGGAUGCCUUUUGGCAGGAUUUUCAUGCAGAUCGGUGUGGUCCAGUCCUUCUCCUAGCCAUUGCCUGUCGCGGGAUACCAUGCACAGGGGUGAAAAACAAAGAGAAGAAGCAGCGGCGCCUCGCCACAAUGUUUCAAGCAGAGUUCAUGAAGGCUAUGACCCCCAAAGCUCGCACCGGUCCGGUCUGCCUUGAUGUUCUAGAGGGGAUGGCCCUUAUGGUCGACUUCAAUUAUGACUACGCACACACACACGCAGAUGACCCCUGGAAUCUGUUCAUGACACACGAUGCCCUCGUGUUGUUGACUUUGCAGUCUCGAAAACGCGGCCCCGGGGACUUGGAUCCUUCGGCAUCGUUUGCAAGUGCUGACGAGCGUUUUACACUUCUUUAUUGGAACGUGUUUGGCCUAGAUGCUUUCGAAUGCCUCGAUGACAAGAGCAUGUCUCUUAUUUCAGAUGAUGCGUUUACUUUGACCGAGGAUCUUCUAAAUCACGAGGCCGGAAGCUAUCUCGAUGCCAUUCUCAGCUUGUCCAUUAUUGCGCGUCGGAUUGCCGGGAAGCUGUGUAACACCACCGCCGGAGCCGCCGGUAUCGCUUGUGAAGAUAUUACCGUGCUCCACGAGCAGCUUUCCCAUUGGCGCCACAACACCCUGCCGUUGGAGUUGCAAAGACCGAUCGACAGAGAGAAUGAAUUUCCUGCAGAGCAUCGCACUACGAAUGGGGCCUGCUGCAAAAGGAAAUCAACCCUCACACAGAUACGCCUACUCAGCAGCCUACAGGGCAAGGCAUGUCGAGCUUCCCAGAAUGGUGGUACGGAAUGCUAA